UGCAGCGCACACAUGUGUUUUUGAAAACUAACAAAAUACAAAAUUAACCAAUUUUUGCUUAUUUUAAACGAAAUUCUUGGCUUAACCAUGACCAAGGACAAGAAACGCAAAUUGCUGGCCCAGCGGCACGUCUCCUCGCGCAUGAACUUCCUGUUCCAGGCCUCGCAUUUGAUGGCGGCAAGCCAUCAGGCCAAGCUGGCCGCCUACUAUGGCAAACUGUGCCGCAAUGUGGGCACCAAGGCGGUAAUGCACAUGGCUCCCGCUUUGAAGCGCUCCCUGUGCCGCCGCUGCUCGCUGCCCCUGAUGCCGGGCGUAAAUACAGAGCUGCGAGUGGCGGAAGAGAACCCGACGCCGCAGGCUGGAGAAGAGACUCGCACUGCCAGCAAUGGAGAAGAGACUCCCACUGCCAGCAAUGGAGGAGAGGUAGAAAAAACCAAAAAGAAGCGACACCGGAGACUCCCCAAGAACCGAAAGAAAAAGGUGGAAAAGAAGGAGGAACCGCCUGCAAAUCCCAACGAAUCUCAGCCAGAAAUCCCACUCAACGCUCUGUUUUUGGAGUGCUCGCUGUGCCAAGGCCGGCGUAGCUUUACCCUGGACAAUCAAAGAGAAUGCUGGCUAGAGCAGCCGCAGUCCCUGGUGCAAGUACUCUCACUGCCAGGAGAGAACGCCGGCCAGUGA